AUGAAAACGCGAUCAAAAAAGCAACCUACCAAGGACGCCGGGACCGAAAAGACGGCAUCAGCAACCGGUCCUGCGCCGCCCCCCACCGACCCCAAUCCUCCUAAGCUUUUCGUCCUUCCGAAAGAUACCUCCUCGCAAGCGCGCAUAGUUACACUCCCCAAUCCUGCUUCGUCGACGGCAAAUCGUUACUUCUGCUGCCCAAACAAGGGAUUCUACGAGUUUACCCGCGUCGCUGCGCCGAAGAGCACACCGAGAAGCUGGCUUCUUGCGCCCCAAAGGAACGGAGCAUCUGAAGAGAAGAAUGAGGCGGAUAAUAUGGAGGUCGAGGAGACGGCAAAUUCGCUGCGCAAUGGUUACACGCUGAAGAGCCAGGAUAUUUUUGUGGCUACACCGGUCGACGCCCUAUUCCUCGUAUUACCGGCGCUUUCUCCUUCCUCGAAGGAGAAUGAGAAGCAAUUGUUCCUCUCUGUGGAUGAUCAUAUCGAUUCUCUGGGAAGCUCAUCCGUUCAGCUGAGAAAACUUCUAUCAAAUGAAGCUUUGCGGGCAAGGGUAGAGCAGAGAAUGGCAGCCGCAUGCGACACAGUCGACGCAGGCGAUGAGAAGAUGUUCCGACUGUCCAUCGAGAAACUGGGAAAGGAGCUGCUGGCCAAAGCCGAACGCCUUGUCGCGAAAGGGCUUCCUGCUUCAAUGGAAGAAAAAUUCGUCCGCAAGGCCCUGGAACGGCCCGUCAUGAGCAUAAAGCGCGAGGAAACUACCGUAAGCCUCACAUCGGAAGGCGCCGAAGCUACAGCAACAGAAAUUGUUGAGAGCGGAGCCACAACCGGAAGUACAACAGAUGUGGAGAUGACAAUGGAUUCUCAGAAGUCGGAAGAUCAUGCAACCACAGCCGCUACUACCGAUUCACAGACGACCUGUGCAAAACAGGAACCAAUUGAUGCUCCCGAGGGCAUACCACAUCUCCUGCGCUUGCGCACUGCGAUUGACUUCAUGUCAUCUUCGUAUCUGCCGCCUAGCGUUCGCGCGCUCCUUCAAUCGACUUGGUCCUCAAACAGCAUAGUGGAUUUUAGCCCGCUAGAUAAGCAUCUGCAGGAUCUUGCCGCACUCAGGUCCGAAGCCCAGGCAUUACGCUCUUUAUCCGACAACAUUACCCGCAAGCGCGGCAUGGAAGACGAGGAAGCCGCUGCGAUUCGCGCAGAGAAGAAGCGUAAGAGGGACGAAGAAGAGGCAAAGAAGAAGAACCAAAGCCGCGGUGUGAAGCAAUUGGCGAAGGCAGACACAUCGGGGAUGAAGAAACUCAGUUCGUUCUUCACCAAAGUUCCAGUCAAGAAAUGA